AUGGUUGAUCAAAUUGAGUCAUGUUCGCCUAAUACGUUGGUACAAUGUCGAAUAUGUCACGAUGAAGAUGAAGACUUAAACAUGGAUACACCUUGUUCUUGUUCUGGUACAUUGCAGUAUGCUCAUAGAAUAUGUGUGCAAAGAUGGUGCAAUGAGAAAGGUGAUACUACUUGUGAGAUUUGCCAACAGCAAUUUAAAGGCUACACUGCUCCUCAAGCUCCUUUGUUUCACUAUAGGGGCAACUGGGAAAUUCCAAGAGUUGGUUUCAAUAAUUAUCAGUUCAUAGCAUUGUUUCCUGCUAAUCAUGAAUUUCUAGACUUUAAUUUUGAAUAUUCAGCUCCCUCUACAAGGAGCCGCGUGUUCAUUCGCAUUGUUGCCAUCAUUGUAAUUUCCAUUUGCUCCCGUUACCUCUAUGUUUUACUAAAUUUGGAAUCUUUGUAUAUUCAAGCUAUUCAAGUUUACUACUGUGCAUACUUUUGCUAG